AUGAUCAUCUCUCCCUCAUUGGUGAUCUUCUCAUCAUCAUCAAGACCACUUCCAUCGAGGUGUCCUUUUCCCCACCAUGCCAAGUCUAGGAUAUUGAGUAUCGUCUCUCACGGACGGACCGCCGGCAACCCUCAAGCUCAGACUCAAGCCAAGUUCACCACUUCCGCACGGUUGACCAAGUUCAAGAUUUUAUUCUGUGGAUCAGACGAAUUCUCAGUAGCUUCUCUGAAAGCUGUACAUGGCGCUACAGGCUUAUGGGACUCGAUUGAUGUGGUUGUACCGCCCGAGAGGGAGAUAGGCAGAGGUGGAAAACAUAACAAGACUCUUGAGAGAUAUACUCCUGCUCUUCGACAAUAUGCUCUCUCGAACGAUCUGCCGACCCACACCGUUCCUUCCAAAGGUAUCAAAGGCUGGAACCCACCUGAACCAUUCACCACACCUUCCUCUUCUCAUGUACUAUUAACAGCUUCGUUCGGGCAUAUCAUACCCUUGCGUUUACUCAAGCUCUUCCCCGAGGAUCAUCGGUUGAAUGUCCAUCCGUCUUUGUUACCUCGUUGGAGAGGCGCGGCACCCAUACAGUGGACUAUUGCCAGUGGAGAUGAAAUCACAGGAGUGAGUGUACAAAGGUUGAUGAAGUAUAGUAGAGGAGUGGAUGCGGGGGGUAUAAUAGGUUCAAUAAAAGAUAUCAGUGUACCAAGCGAUGCAACAUAUACCACUUUUCUUCCUCUGUUAGCUGAGAUUGGCGGCUCGUUACUAGUGGAUGUAUUGAGGAAACUGAAAGAUGGGAAUGCCACAUUUACCCCUCAAGAUGAAUCUCAAAUAACGUAUGCACCGAAAAUCACCCAUGAGACAGCUCGAAUAAAGUGGGAUGAACAGUCUGCAGACGACAUCGAUAGAUUACACAGAGGAAUAAGCCAUCAGGUUCACCUUUGGACACUACUUCUAUCCACUACAGCUCAUUUCAUAACCCUCCGACCCCUUCUUCCUUCCGAUGACCCUACAGAGCUUGAUGGCGAAAUAGGUAAAGCUCAUCUGAUCAAAGAUGGGAGAUCACGGAGAUUGUUUGUAGCAUGUGCGAAAGGAACAUGGUUGGAAGUGCUGGAAGUUCAAAUGGCCGGGAAGAAACCUUUGAAAAUCAAGGAUUGGUGGAAUGGAUUACCUAAAUAUGUGAGAGAUCAGGGAUGUGUGCAGAUGGGAUGA